CCAAAAGGUCAACGUGGUAGAGACGGAUUACCCGGUUACACUGGUACUCGUGGUCCACCUGGUCCUCCUGGACCUCAGGGUACAGAUGGCUUACCAGGGUCGCCUGGUUAUUCUGAAAAAGGCCAACGUGGCGACGACGGAAUCCCUGGCCAACGCGGUGAACAAGGUUAUCCUGGACUGACUGGUCCUCAAGGCCAAAAAGGUGAACAGGGGGAACAAGGCGAGAAUAUCGUCGGCCCACCUGGUCCAGACGGGUACCAGGGAAGAGACGGAAUACCUGGCUUACCAGGUGAAAGAGGCGACCACGGAGAACCAGGACCAAAAGGAAUGCCUGGAUAUGGAAUUGACAAGACUGGACCGGCAGGACAGCGAGGAUAUCCUGGACCUCCUGGAGAUCCUGGACGUACUGGCAUACCAGGCAGACCAGGAAUGAAGGGCGAUCGAGGACCUCGUGGAGAUGAUUGUGGCCGUUGCCCACCAGGUGCACCUGGUCCUAAGGGCGAACCAGGAGAUGCGGCUGAAAUGGGAUAUCAGGGAAACCCAGGUUUAGAAGGCUUCCCAGGAUCUCCAGGACCUAAAGGCUUUCCAGGUAAACCAGGUAUGCCUGGUCGAGAUGGACUUCCGGGAGCUGUUGGCUCAGCAGGUAUAGCAGGAUCCGAUGGUCCAAAAGGCGAACCUGGUGAAUAUCUCUUUGCGUAUCCAAUGCCUGGUCAACCUGGAUUGAAGGGUCAGCGUGGUGACUCUGGACUACCUGGCUUAGCUGGGCCUAAUGGAGAACCAGGUUAUCCAGGCCCACAAGGGCAGCAAGGAGUAGCUGGCGAAAAGGGCGAGAUGGGUCUUCGAGGCAGCAGAGCGAAGCAUGGUAGACCUGGAAAAAUGGGUCCGCCUGGUGCAAGAGGACCGCCGGGCGAUUCGUUCCCCGGUAUCAAUGGACAACCUGGAUCGAAAGAACAAGGACAGAAAGGUUACGCCGGUUUAAAGGGCAACGCUGGCGCGCCAGGAUUACCAGGUCUGCCUGGUGAGAAAGGUCGUGACGGCAUGCAGGGUAGACCUGGCUUUAAGGGUGCGAAAGGUGAAGCCGUGGUCGGCGCCAUUGGAUCGGCAGGCAUGCUCGGUCCAAAA